UAAACACAUUCGCAAAAGUUCACGCAACACAUCGCCGAUCGCGGAGGUUUUUGACGGCCACGAGCUAACGAACGGAGCCGACGACGGCGAGAGAAGCAGAAGGGCCAGUUUUGUUCGGCGGCGGUUCGCGUUGUGUAGUGAAAGCAUUGUUGAAAAUUUCGGGCGUCUGAUUAGAGACCGGCUUGUGUAGCUUGUUUUUCAGGUGAUUGGCAUCGAAUUGUGCAGGUUCCCGGCGUCGAAAUGUCGAAUAUAGCGCUGGACAAAGAGACGUUUUUCCGGCGUAUGAAGAAAUUGUACGCGGAAUGGAAGGAGCCGACAUUCCAGCACGACGAUGCCCUGUCCAAGGUGGACUGUAUCAUGUCAGCGGUCGGGGUGGACGAGGAGACCGUUUACAGCAAGUCAACGGCGCUGCAGACAUGGCUGCUCGGCUACGAGCUCACGGAUACCAUCAGCCUGUUCACCAGCGAGGCCAUCUACUUCCUGGCGAGCAAGAAGAAAAUCGAGUUCCUGAAACAGAUCGAGAACAGCAAGGAGGACGGGAUACCACCUGUGAAGUUGCUGGUCAGGGACAGGAACGACAAGGACAAGGCAAACUUCGACAAACUGGUCGGCGCAAUGAAAUCGUCGAAAAAUGGCAAAGCCGUGGGCGUUUUUUCCAAGGAUAGCUUCCCGGGUGAAUUCUGUGAAGCGUGGAAGGCAGUCCUCAAAGCACAAACGUUUGAAAAUGUCGACAUUGGCGUCGCAAUUGCCUAUAUUAUGUGUCCAAAGGAAGAGUCAGAAGUUUCGUGCAUAAAGAAAGCGUCAAUUGUGUCAGUGGAUCUGUUCACGAAGUACUUGAAGGAUCAGAUUAUGGAUGUCAUCGAUUCGGACAAGAAAGUUAAGCAUUCGAAACUCGCCGAAGGUGUUGAAACUUCUCUCACAAACAAAAAGUACGUAACGGGUGUCGACCCGUCGCAACUGGACAUGUGCUAUCCGCCCAUUAUUCAAUCAGGCGGAAACUACAGUCUGAAAUUCAGUGCGUUGAGCGACAAAAAUUAUUUACACUUCGGCUCCAUUGUAUGUUCGUUGGGCGCCCGCUACAAAUCGUAUUGUUCAAACAUCUCACGAACGUUAAUGGUGAAUCCGACGGAGGAACAACAAGAUAAUUACAACUUUCUCGUGAAUUUGGAGGAAGAAAUUUUGAAAUUGUUGAAACCUGGAGAGAAAUGUUCGAAUAUUUACGAACAAGCUCUGGAAUAUGCUAAGAAAGAAAAGCCAAAACUUGUGGAUAAUUUGACAAAAACAUUUGGUUUUGCGAUGGGCAUAGAAUUUCGUGAAAGUUCAAUUUUAAUUGGUCCAAAGUGUAAUGCCGUUGUAAAGAAAGGUUUUGUGUUCAAUGUUAAUAUUGGAUUAGCCCAUCUGACGAAUAAGGAUGCGUCUGAGAAAGAAGGCAAGACGUAUGCAUUGUUUGUGGGAGAUACAGUUAUUGUGAAUGAGGAGCCACCGGCCGGUGUCCUGACUCCCUCGAAAAAGAAAAUGAAACACAUCGGAAUCUUCUUGAAGGAUGAAAACGACGAAGAUGAUGAAGAAGAAGAGAAGGAGUCCGAUAAAGGACCAGAACUGUUGGGUCGUAGCAAACGGAAUGCAGUAUUAGACACGAAAUUGCGAAGUGAGCAUAACACAGAAGAAAAACGCAAACAACAUCAAAAGGAAUUGGCGCAGAUUUUAAACGAAAAGGCAAAGGAGCGAUUGGCGAAACAGGGUGGAGCGAAGGAGAUUGAGAAGGUUCGGAAGUCGACUGUGUCGUAUAAGAGUGCGAGUCAAAUGCCUCGGGAGCCAGAAGUGAAGGAGUUGAAGUUGUAUGUUGAUCGUAAAUAUGAAACCGUGAUUAUGCCGAUAUUUGGAAUCCCAGUACCCUACCAUAUCUCAAUGAUAAAAAAUAUCUCACAGUCGGUGGAAGGUGACUACACUUAUUUACGUAUAAAUUUUUUCCACCCUGGCGCGACGGUUGGUCGUAAUGAGGGCGGAAUGUAUCCUCAACCGGAGGCGACUUUUGUUAAGGAAGUGACUUAUCGCAGCACAAAUACAAAAGAACACGGCGAAGUCACACCGCCCUCGGCGAAUUUGAAUAACGCUUUCCGGCUUAUCAAAGAAGUUCAAAAACGAUUCAAAACUCGUGAGGCUGAAGAGCGGGAAAAGGAGGAUUUAGUGAAACAGGACACACUGAUCCUGUCACAGAACAAAGGCAACCCUAAACUUAAGGAUCUGUACAUCCGGCCAAAUAUUGUUACAAAACGUAUGACUGGUAGCUUGGAAGCGCACGUAAAUGGCUUCCGUUACGUAUCGGUGCGGGGCGAUAAAGUGGACAUCUUGUAUAAUAACAUCAAGAGCGCCUUCUUCCAACCCUGCGACGGUGAAAUGAUCAUUCUACUACAUUUCCAUUUGAAACACGCCAUCAUGUUCGGUAAAAAGAAACAUAUUGACGUGCAGUUCUACACAGAAGUUGGUGAAAUCACAACGGAUUUGGGAAAGCAUCAACACAUGCAUGAUCGUGAUGAUUUGGCAGCAGAACAGGCGGAGCGAGAGCUUCGACACAAACUUAAAACAGCUUUCAAGAGUUUCUGUGAAAAAGUUGAGGCCAUGACGAAACAACUGGUUGAAUUUGAUACUCCAUUCAGAGAGUUGGGAUUCCCUGGAGCACCUUUCCGUAGUACAGUUCUGUUGCAACCCACCUCCGGAAGUUUAGUCAAUUUGACUGAGUGGCCACCAUUUGUAAUUACGUUGGAGGAUGUUGAAUUGGUGCACUUUGAACGUGUACAGUUUCAUCUUAGGAACUUUGAUAUGAUUUUCGUUUUUAAAGAUUAUCAUAAGAAGGUGGCAAUGGUGAAUGCCAUUCCUAUGAAUAUGUUGGACCAUGUUAAGGAGUGGCUGAACUCGUGCGAUAUCCGAUAUUCGGAAGGUAUUCAGUCUUUGAAUUGGACCAAAAUUAUGAAAACAAUUACCGAUGAUCCGGAGGGAUUCUUUGAGAACGGUGGCUGGACAUUUUUGGAUCCAGAAUCAGGCAGUGAAGAUGGUGGUGGUAGUAGCGAGGAGACGGAGGAAGAUGACAACUACGAGCCAAGUGAUUUCGAUGAUGAUGAUGAAUCCGAUGAUGACUCUGAGUACUCAGAAGCUUCAGAGGAUUCGGGAGAUAGCGAAGAAGAGCUCGGUUCGGAUGAGGAAUCUGGCAAAGAUUGGUCCGAUUUGGAGCGUGAAGCUGCCGAAGAAGAUCGUAAUCAUCAAUACAGAGAAGAUGAUCCACCAAAACCGAAAAAGGGAGACCGAAGAGACAAACAUGGAAAACACAGUAAACACAGAAGGGAGAUGCAUCCAAAGAAAAAGAAGAAGUACACAUCUAGCCCAUCGAAAGGUAGCCGCGAUAAACAUAACGACAGACACAGUGACAAGCAUGAUAAGCGAGAUCGAGAUCAUCACAAAGAUAAGGAUAGGAAGGAUAAAAAUCGACACAAUGAUAAGAAUGAUAAGAAACGUUCCCGCGAAGAUAGCCGAGACAACAGUCAUCAUAAAAGUAAAAAAUCCAGGCAUUAGGUUUAUUGCAGUUUCAUAUAUUAUUUAAAGUAAACGAAUAGAGAAUAAAAUGGAGAAAAGAGGAGAAAAGAGAAAAUUAUUAUUAUAAGGAUACAGAGAACAAAACCCACACACACACACACACUGAAGCAAACCAGGCAAUGCUGAGAGAUGAACUUUGAAUGCCAAUUAACAAACCCAUCACAAGGUUCCACACUUCAUCUCGAUUUCCCCGGCAUUGUAUCAAACCAAAUCCACGUGUCAACUAAUUGUUACAUUUACUGUGUAUGCAUUUCGUUUGCACACAAUAACAAACCCUCAACUUCCAGUGACUUUCCACAACUGUAUAAAUUUUGUACGUUUUUUUUUAACCUUUUCCUGCCUUACACGUAAAUUAAAAUGGUGUUAAUAGAGAACGGACGCAUCAUAUUUAUUUGUCAACCCUAAGAAAUGUUUGCUGUGUUUCAGCUACGACUACUUUGUUUUGUCUCUUACUUCAUUUUUACAUAAAUCAGAUAAUUUUCGUUGUUAGUGUUAAAUAUUUGUACGAUUAUAGAAUGGAACAAGAUAGGAUUAAAACAGUUGAAGCUAAGAGAAUAAAAGAAAUGUGUUUGGAAGAUCAACAUCGGAGAAAAAUAUACUUUUAGUGAAUAUGUAAUGUUAUCUCGAAAAUACAGAUUUGUAAAAAACGGAAA